UCCAAGGCCUAGACGUUUUAGGAACUUGGAAAGUCCUGAUCUCGCUAGGACUGACACCUGUAGUGUAUGGUUUCUAUGCCUUCCUAGCGGCAUUAGUUAUGAUCAAGGCCCAUGCACCUCUGUCCUGGAUAAUAUGGACGCCCAUAGCCGUCUUGGCGGCUCUGCCGAUCAUUGCAUAUGCAGCAUUGAAAUUCGGCGAAGCUGGCAUGGAUGUUCUGAAAUCAUUGAGACCGUUGGUCCUCGCGCUGGCGCCUGGUCAACAGAAAUAUCUCGAGCGGGUCAAGGCUAUGCGCUUACGACUUUCAAAUGAGCUGUCAGAAGUUAUCAACGAAUACGGACCGCAAGUAUUUGAGGAUUUCAACGAGACUCGUAUUCUAGUGCCUGCGGCUAGCGCACCUCCUUCCGGCGGCCAGGGCGUCUGGCAACGAAAGGGGAGAGAUGCACAGGGUCGCCUCUUGAAUCAUCCCAUGACUUGGCUUGACGAACGUCUUUUCGGCUGGAGCUCCGCCGAUAGAAGCAGAGCAUCCAGUCCCGGCUAUUCUGACGAUGAUAUUGCCGACCACGACACACUAUUACCGUCACUCGAGAUGAGACCCUCGUCCCGUUCCUCGUCCUAUGCGGAUAUCAGGCUUCGCAAGACACCCACGACGUCGCCAAAAAUACCGGCACACCGUCCCCAAUCCUGUUCUUGACGCUGACGGCGCCCCUGUUGAGCCGACUCCGUGAACAUGCUGUGCCACCUGUCAUGCUCUUCGCCGCCUUUUCCCCUGUUUUUGUUCCUGACACUGUCCUCGUCUCGACCGUCUUCAUCGCUGAAUGCUGAACGCUGAGCGCUUCUUGGAAGGCGCCUUUGGCGCCUUGUUUUUGACGCCAACUGACGUCGGGGUGCGCCUUCGCCUGGAUUCGCUUGCUUGUCUCAGGCUCCCCGCAUGUCGUCUCGUGCAUAGUUCUCUCCCCAUCUUCCUGUUGUUUGUAUACCAUACCCACUUUUCAACUUCUAAAACCUAAUGCAGCCUCCGACCGCGAAUAAUGACUCCGUCGUGUCUACGCAGGCGGACCUCGUCUACGAGGCUGCCCUGCUGUUCUGGAAGACUGUCACAAAUAUCUUCUUUCGCGAAAUAAGACCGAGAGGGGCGUUCAAUAUACCUCGAGAUGGUCCAGUUAUCUUUGUAGGGGCUCCACAUCACAACCAGUUCUUGGACCCAUUGCUGCUUGCUCUGCAAGUGCACAGAGAGACCCGACGGAAGGUUCAGUUCCUCAUCGCCGCGAAGAGUAUGAAGCGUCAGGCCGUCGGUUUCUUCGCGAAGCUAAUGUCCAGCAUCCCUGUGGUACGCGCUGUGGACGGCGCGAGACCUGGUAUUGGCCGGGUUACGAUAUCAGAAAGCGACCCAUGUCUCGUCAUUGGCCACGGCACGAAGUUCACAGAAGACUUCAAGCCCAAGAUGCAGAUUAUGCUGCCGAAGUCCGUCAAUUCUGUCGUGGCGGAGAUUCUGGAGGUCGUCUCCGACACAGAGCUGAGGGUCAAGAAGGAGUUUGGAGGGGAAAGAGGCAAGGGUACGACGCGGAUACGUGAGAAGCAGAAGGAGCUCGAGGUUGGGGGGCAGACCGGCUUUGAGUACAAGAAACUGCCACACGUCGACCAGGGCGAGAUGUACCAUCAUGUGUACGAAUGCUUGAAGCAUGGAGGCGGCAUCGGCAUCUUCCCAGAAGGUGGCAGCCAUGACCGCACCGAUCUUCUUCCUCUCAAGGCUGGUGUCUCGCUCAUGGCUCUUGGUGCGAUGGCCGACAACCCCAAGCUGAAGGUCAGAAUCGUCCCUGUCGGACUCUCGUAUUUCCACCCACACCGUUUCCGAUCCCGCGCGGUUGUCGAAUUCGGGUCUGCGUUGGACGUCCCAGAGGAGCUGGUGGAGAAGUUCAAGCAGGGAGGACCGGAGAAGCGGGAGGCGGUUGGAAAAUUGCUGGACCUUAUAUAUGACGGCUUGAAGACUGUCACAAUCCGUGCACCCGACUACGAGACUUUGAUGGUCAUUCAAGCCGCACGUCGCCUGUACAAGACACCCGGCCAGCAUCUCACCCUUGGACAGGUCGUUGAGCUGAACAAGCGGUUUAUUGAAGGCUACCUGCACUUCAAAGACGAGCCAAGAAUCAAAAAGCUUCGUGACGAUGUUAUCAGGUAUAACCGCCUUACACGCGACCUUGGAAUGCGCGACCACCAGGUCCCAAAAGCACAACCGGCUAGCUGGAAAACACUGAGCCUACUUCUCUAUCGUCUACUCCUAUUAUUCGUCUGGACGAUAUUGGCUUUGCCCGGAUUGAUCUUGAACGGACCUAUAUUCGUAACGGCCUCUGUCAUUUCCAGACAAAAGGCAAAGGAGGCCCUCGCUGCAUCCGUGGUUAAAGUGGCAGGUAAAGAUGUCGUCGCGACAUGGAAGAUUCUCAUCUCCCUCGGAAUCGCACCCCUUCUCUAUCUCUUCUACGCCUCCCUUGCGACAUUUGUGGCACUCAAGGCCGGAUUUUCCUGGCAAUGGGUGAUCUUCACUCCUAUCAUUGUCCUAAUAUCCUUGCCAUUUAUUGGAUACGCCGCUCUCAAGUUUGGUGAGGCUGGCAUGGACGUGUUGAAGUCCUUGCGCCCUUUGGUCCUUGCCUUGUUCCCUGGCCAAUCACGCACUCUUGAGAAAGUUCGAGAAAUGCGGUCCAGACUAGCUAACGAGCUCGCUGACACAAUUAACGAAUUUGGCCCGAAAAUAUACGAGGACUUCAAUGAGUUCCGCAUCCUCGUGCCGUCUGCCAGUGCCCCACCGUCAUCUGGCCAGCCUGGCAUCUGGCGCCGCAAGAGCAGUAGCGGAGCUGUUGAUGCUCAGGGCAAUCUGCUCGUACAUCCUAUGACUUGGCUAGAUGAGCGACUAUUCGGUUGGAGCCAGAGCGCAUCCCGAGGCACCAGUGCCUGGGCGGGAAGCAACGAAAUCAGUCGUGCGGCGACACCUGAACACUCCGACGAAGACGAAUCCGGCGACUACGACCAUGUUCUUGGAUUCCUCGAAUCCAAGAAGCCCACGACACACGGCCGGGCUCGCAGCGCGCGCAGCUCGUAUGCAGACCUACAGAAGCUCCGGCGCGCUUCUAAUCCAGCUCUGCCCGCGGGAUGGCCUGUGAUGACGACGGCCACGGAGUCUGCGGUCGAGACGAGUCCGGUUCUCGAUAGCGACGUCGACGGCCUACACAUGCGCCACCCGCAGCGUACGCGGAAAGCCAGCCUGUCGGACGGCGUGUCUGUCGUGCGGAUCAGCGCGUUGGACAGAGAGGAGCCGUUCGAUGAGGCCACGAAGGAGAUCAACGAUGAGAUUUCACAUCGGAAGGCACACCAAGACUAAAAUAUAUCUCUAUCUCACUCGUCGGACAGCGGCAUGAGCGGUCCUAUUCAC